AUGUUUUUAGGAAAGAAGAAGACGCCUAAUGACACGAUGGCGUGGUCGCAGAAUUUAAUUCUGAUGGGAACCACGACGAUUAUUAUGAUUAUCGGUAUGACUGCCGUGAGUUUUACUGCAGCAUGCAACGAAGCCAUUUGUGCCAGUGUCGUGAGCAAAUGUAUGCUUACACAGAGUUGCAAGUGUGACCUCGUCACCUGCACUUGCUGUAAGGAAUGCUUCUCAUGUUUAUCUUACCUCUAUGAUGAAUGCUGCUCCUGUGUUGAUUUGUGUCCAAAACCGAAUAUAACCGACAAUCCUCUGAGUAAAAAAUCACACGUGGAAGAUUUUGCUGAACCUGUGCCAGGACUUUUUCAAGCACUCACUGCUGAACCUGAUCCACACGAAAGAUGGAUCACUUUUACUUAUCCAGUUGACUUUGAUGUCUCGUUAUUCCAGCCUAAAUCUGAGAAAGAAAUAAAUUAUCAAAUGCAAACUGUCGAAGAGGAAGUUCAUCACCCAUUGAAGCCAAAUGUAAUGACCGUGAAUUGUACAGUAGCUUAUAUGGCUCAGUGUAAUUCAUGGAACAAGUGCCAAGCAUCCUGCCAAAGCAUGGGAGCGACGAGUUACAGAUGGUUUCAUGAUGGUUGUUGUGAAUGUAUCGGUGACACGUGCAUCAAUUACGGAAUAAAUGAGUCACGAUGUCUUCAUUGUCCUGCUGAUAAAGAAGGUGAUGAGCUCAAAGAUCAAUAUGAUGAUUAUGGACAAGAUGAUGAAGAUCUGAGUGAAGAGCUCGACUAA